AUGGCAGUCGUGGCGGCUCCCUACCCAGAUACCACGCAGACGCCCUCCGCCUUCCAGGAAGAGACGGAGGCUUUGGCGGGCCGCUACAUUCCUCUAGAAGCAAUUGCUGCAGGGAAUUUUGGCCAGGUGGAGCGGAUGCGUGAUCUCGUCACGGGUGAGAACGUUGCCGUGAAGUCCACGACCCUGACGAGCGAGGAAGGAGUGACCAGCUUCGCGAUCCGAGAGAUUGCGGCCUUGUCGUCAUGCAAGCACACCAACGUCGUCAAGCUAUUGGGUGUCCAUGCUGUGCCGCAGAGCGUGCAUCUCAUCAUGGAGCUGAUGGACAUGAACCUACGGGAGUACAUGAGGAAGGUCCUCGAGGGAUCCUUCAAAGAGACGCUGCGCCCUGCGUUUCGGCAAAUUCUGGAAGGGGUCGACUGCUGUCACCGCAGCGGCUUCAUCCACCGCGACUUGAAACCGCAGAAUAUCCUCGUGGACGUGAAGACAGGCACCCUCAAAGUUUCCGAUUUCGGCCUCGCCCGUCGUUGUUUGCCAAUGGACAUUCGAAAUGGCCCUUUCACCAAGCUCGUGAUUACGCUUUGGUACCGUCCGCCUGAGCUCAUUCUCUUCGACCGCCAGCAGUGCCGGUACGGAUACACCGUGGACAUGUGGUCUUUGGGCUGCAUCCUUGCAGAGAUGGCCACGGCGAUGCCUUUGUUCCCUGGAGACUCGGAGAUCGACACGUCCCGUGGCCUACGAAGAGAUGCGUAA